AUGACAAUGCUCCCCCCGAGUAUGGCGAAUGAGAUUCGGAAUAAGGAACAUUCGAGCUUCUCCCAAUGGGCUAUGAAGGCAUUCCAUGGAAAUCUACCUGGAUUCGACGGAUUCCGUGAAAGUGGCCAAGACUCGGGGAUUGUCCAGGCUGUUAUUGCAAAUGACCCGACGAAAUCCUUGAGUCACUAA